GCGAACUUCUGAGUUCACUACCUAAACUUUUAGAUCUUAUGCUUUUACGCAUUUCAAAGAAAAUAUAAUUGAAAACUAUUAGUUGCGCUUUGUUGUGAAUUGAACAGGAAUAAGAAUGACUAACGCAGAAAAUGCAGACAGCUCAAAUGCUGGCGAAAGAAUAAAUGAAAAUGAAACUAAACGUGUGUUUGAUUUAUUCAGGUCGUUUCUCCAUAUGCGAAUUGUAAAAAUGAUUCUGUCCUUUCUUAAAUACUUUGGCGUGUUUUUUGCCAUAUGGCUGUUCGGCUGGCUUGGCUUUGUGUGUUCGUGGGUUGUUUUGGUCGCUCUCGUUUAUUAUCUUAUGCAGGUCAAACAAGAGGAAAGGAAUUGGAAGCAAAAAGUUGGACUAGCAUUGACACAAAGUGAAGAAGGGGUUAUCCGUGCUCGUUGAGAUUUACCGUCAUGGGUCUUUUUUCCUGAUGGGGAAAGGGCAGAGUGGCUCAAUAAGUUUGUCUCUCAACUUUGGCCCUAUGUGAAUGAAAUGGUGAUUAAAAUCCUUAAGGAGAAGGUUGAACCGCAAAUUCAAAAUUCUGUUCCAGGAAUGUUGAAAUCAAUCCAUUUUACUGAGAUCUGUCUUGGAAAUCGGGCUCCUCGUAUUGGGGGAGUAAAAGUUUACACUGAAAAUGUUAAAAGAUCAGAAGUGAUCAUGGACAUUGACGUUAUAUAUUCUGGUGAUGCAGACUUCCAAUUAUCUGUCAAAUUUAUUUCCGUAGGAAUUGAAGACAUUCAGCUCCGAGGUACUUUGCGCGUGAUCAUGUCUCCUCUUGUUGCAGCGUCGCCUUUGGUUGCUGGUGUUUCUUUGUUUUUCCUGGAUAAACCGGAACUUGAUUUUAACCUCACAAAUCUUCUCAAUGUACUUGAUGUGCCUGGACUGAGUGGAAUUCUUCGUGGCGCCAUUGGUGACGUCAUUUCUUCUUUUUGUGUUCUUCCAAAUCGUAUAAAUAUUCCACUUCUUAACGAGAACAGUAUUGUUGGUCUUAAGUAUCCUAUGCCAAAGGGGGUGAUAAGACUGGAAGUAAUCGAAGCUCGUGACUUGGAAAAGAAAGAUAUUGGAUUGUUUAAGGAAGGAACAGCAGAUCCUUUUGUUAUUGUAAAAAUUGGAGCAGAUACAUUUAAAACUGAUGUGAAGAAGGGCACACUCACUCCUGAGUGGAAUGAGACUUUUGAGUUCUUUGUCGAUUAUCCAAAUGGUCAAAAAAUCAAACUUCAUCUUUACGACUACGACAAAGUAUCAGACAAUGAAUCAAUGGGAUAUCUCGACUUGGACAUAUCCACCAUUGCCGACAAGGGAAUAGUUGACUUGUGGUUGCCUUUGGAAAACACAAAAUCUGGAGAGAUUCAUGUGAAAUGUACUUGGUUUACCUUGUCCAACGAUCCAAGCGAUUUAGUUAUUAGCAAUCAGGUUCAUGGUGAACAAGCUAAUAAUUUGUUUGCAAAUUCUGCAUUGUUUGUUAAGCUGGACUGUGCCAAGAAAUUACCUAUUGCCAAUAAAGUAAAACGUUCAACCAGUGCAUUCUGUAAGUUGACUUUAGGAAACAAGACGUUCGAGAGUCCGGUCAUCGAUGAUACAUUAAAUCCUGUAUGGGAUCAAUUUUACCGUUUCUUGGUGUUUAAUGCUAAAUAUCAAGAGUUGAACAUCGAGGUCAUUGACAGUAAAAAGGAAAAAUGUAUUGGUGUGUUGGAGAUACCACUAAACAUUUUGAUUGAAGCCGUUGAUAUGUCGGUAGAACAGCCGUUUCCACUUCGUGAUUCUGGACAUGAAAGUUCCAUUGUUUGUGAGCUUAAACUAAGGGUAUUCGAUAUAUGAUGAAACAGACGAUAGUGACUGAGCAAGAGACUGCUUCAUUUCAUUUUAUCAUGCAUUUAAACAAGAUCACGAUUAGCUAAUUGUAAUUAUUCAACUUAAACAGGGUUUUUAUAGUUUUAUAGAUCACCAUUUAGAAAAUGAAAAAGAAAUUAUGUGCAAAUUAA